UAAUACAAUAAUGUGAAAGACCACCUAAUAAGGUGUGAGAUAACAAGUGGAAGAUUCCACCACACCACACCAAACUAGUUGAAGUUGUAUUGAAGCUUAAGGAACCGACACACCCAAUCAAGUAACCUCAACCUUACACAAAACUACUUACACUGUUUCUGUCUCUCUGUCUGUGUGGUUUAUGUUUUUUUUUCAACACUUGAACUGGUGUUUCAACUCAACUUAAGUCAAUCUAAUAAUCUAAAGUAUCAAAAACACACACCAAUACUGUUUUUCUUCAAUGUUGGUCCAAGAGCAUUCUUCAGCUCAAAAACCAUCAAAUCCAAAUCCAAAUCCAAAACCUUAUUUGAAAAAAAGUGAUCUUCCUACAAACCGUUUUACUCAUACAAAGAACCUCGACUUCUCCGUAUGGGUAUCCGAAAAUCUUUACAAAAUUGUUUCCGUCAUUCUUCUCGUCGUAACCGUCGCAGCACUUUUCUUCUUACGUAACGUCGGCGACACCGCCGCUUUACUUUGUUUCGAGAACAAAGCGCGUGAUCUCGAGAAGAUCGAGUAUCCACGCGUCGAUUGGAACAAGAUAACACCAAUCGCCGAUAGAAAUUCGCGGUACGCGAAUUUCUUAUCGGAGAAAUGGAUCGUGGUUUCGGUUUCGGGUUACCCGAGUGAUGAGUUGAAGAAAUUGGUGAAGGUGAAGGGUUGGCAGGUUGUGGCGAUUGGUGAUUCAAGAACUCCGGCGGAUUGGAGUUUGAAAGGUUGUAUCUUUUUGUCUUUGGAUGAACAAGCGAAUUUGGGGUUUAGGGUUGUUGAUUAUUUGCCUUAUGAUUCUUAUGUUAGGAAAAUUGUUGGGUAUUUGUUUGCAAUUCAACAUGGUGCUAAGAAGAUUUUUGAUGCUGAUGAUAGAGGGGAAGUGAUUGAUGGGGAUUUGGGGAAACAUUUUGAUGUUGAAUUGGUUGGUGAAGGUGCUAGGCAAGAGGUUUUGUUGCAGUAUAGUCAUGAUAACCCUAAUAGGACUGUUGUUAAUCCGUAUGUUCAUUUUGGGCAAAGAUCGGUUUGGCCGAGAGGUUUGCCGUUGGAAAAUGUGGGUGAGAUUGGGCAUGAAGAGUUUUACACUCAGGUGUUUGGUGGGAAACAGUUUAUUCAGCAGGGGAUUUCGAAUGGAUUGCCUGAUGUUGAUUCUGUGUUUUAUUUUACGAGGAAAUCGGGUUUGGAACCGUUUGAUAUUCGAUUUGAUAAGCAUGCGCCGAAGGUUGCAUUGCCUCAAGGUGUGAUGAUGCCCGUUAAUUCUUUUAAUACGAUGUAUCAUUCGCCUGCUUUUUGGGCUUUGAUGCUUCCGGUUUCGGUUAGUAGGAUGGCUUCUGAUGUUUUGAGAGGUUAUUGGGGACAGAGGCUUCUUUGGGAAGUUGGUGGUUAUGUUGCGGUUUAUCCACCUACUGUUCAUAGAUAUGAUAGGGUUGAGGCUUAUCCCUUUUCGGAGGAGAAAGAUCUUCAUGUGAAUGUUGGUCGUUUGAUUAAGUAUUUGGUUCUGUGGAGAUCGGAUAAGCAUAGAUUGUUUGAGAAGAUCUUGGAUUUGAGCUAUGCAAUGGCAGAGGAGGGUUUUUGGACUGACAAGGAUGUGAAACUUACUGCCGCUUGGCUUCAGGAUUUGUUAGCUGUUGGUUAUCAGCAGCCAAGGUUAAUGUCUUUGGAACUCGGUCGUCCGAGAGCAAACAUUGGUGACGGUGACCAGAGGGAGUUUAUCCCACAAAAGUUGCCUUCUGUUCAUCUUGGGGUUGAAGAAACAGGAACUGUGAAUUAUGAGAUUGCUAAUUUAAUCAGAUGGAGAAAAACUUUCGGGAAUGUUGUGCUCAUCAUGCAUUGCAGCGGGCCUGUUGAACGCACGGCCCUUGAAUGGAGGUUGCUUUAUGGGAGAAUAUUCAGAAGUGUAGUUAUUUUGUCGGAAAAGAAGGACGUAGAUCUUGUUGUACAAGAGGUCCAUUUGGACCAAGCAUACAAGUACCUGCCAAAAAUAUUUGAUCAAUUUAGCAGUGCAGAAGGAUUUUUAUUCCUGCAGGAUAAUACAAUUCUUAACUAUUGGAACUUACUACAAGCGGAUAAAACCAAACUGUGGAUCACUAAUAAGGUACCCGAGUCUUGGUCUUCUGUUUUAACUGGGGACAACAAUGCCGACUGGUUAUCUCAACAAGCAAGCAUGGUACAAAAGGUUGUUAGCAUGAUGCCAGCUCACUUUCAAGUCAAUUACAAAGACACAAGUAACAAUGACAAGAACCUCUUGUUAUGCAGUUCUGAGAUAUUCUAUGUUCCUCAGCGCUUGAUCAGCGAUUUCGUUGAGCUUGUUAACCUAGUAGACAAUCUAGAGAUCCAUCAGAAGGUUGCAAUUCCUAUGUUCUUUGUCUCAAUGGAUUCUACACAGAAUUUUGAUCCUGUUCUUGAUAAAACAAUCUACAAGCAAGCUCCUCCAACUAAUUCAUCGACUCUUUAUUCGGCUAAAGUCCCUGCUGUUCAUCCAUGGAGUGUAUCAAGUGAGCAAGAAUUUAUUAAGCUUAUCAGAAUAAUGGCUGAAGGGGAUCCACUCCUAAUGGAAUUGGUUUGAAAGGUAGAAACUGUUUCUUAAUACUAGCUCAGGAAAGACAACCAAGAAACAUGUAAUACACUUGGAUAAAUCUUCUACACGGCCUCUUCUCAAUCAAAAAUAGUGUUGCAGUCUUUUUAAUUUUUGUUUUUAUCUUCUAAAAUUUGUAGGGUGGUUUUUUAACCCCUUUUUUUUUUUUUACCCCUUUAUUGUAUAUUUGGUCCACAGAGAAAAUGAAUUAAUGUUUUUUCCUUUCGUUUUUGUGAAAAUAUGAAACAGAAAUGUAUUUGUAAUGAAUAUUGCAAUUCAAGCUCUCCAUUGAGAGAUUCUUUUUA